CAAACUGGUCUAACUUGCUUCUGGUUUCAUGUUCAUUCAAGAGCAUUUUGACCGAUGUGCAGUCGUAAUGUCAAUAUCAGAGUAAGUUUGUUUUAUUAGAACACUUUGGGCUUUCCCUGAAAAGUUUAGCUGGCGAGCAGUACACAAAUAGUGACCGAUUGAAAGUGAAACAUUAACGUAAUUUUGUUUUGUUUCUUUCUGAAUGAUCUUAACCGGACACAAAAUGCAUGGCAAAAUUAUCAAGUCGUCCUGGCCAGCUGCUACUUCCACCAUGUGCAGCCCAUGUGCAGAACACCUAAAACAGUCUACUUUCUGCUCAUAAGUUAGAAACAUUUUACAGAAGGCUGUGUGCAUAAGAGUAUUGUAAAGAUGUACCAGAUUGUAUCAGCAACUGUUGGAGAUUUUGGAGUUGGUGCCAUGAGCCCUUAUUCACCACCUAAGAAGAAGAGAAUUGGUAGACAAAGCCGACCGGUGAUAAUAGCAAGCUUGCUCGGAGUUUUACUGGUUCUUGCAGCGAUUGUAGCAUGGUGCUACUACUCCGCUUCUCUUCGCAAAGCCAACCUUUUGACAUCUGAAUGCUUAGAUCUUAACAAAGACGGUUUCGUCAUCCGAAGCCAAACUGGGGUUGUCAUUUUCAAAAUGGAAUUCAGGUCUGGAACCCUUGAUCUGGACUCAUGUUCAAAAGAGGGACAGAUUCUCAGAUGUGACAAAUCCACGGCUGGAAAUAUUAAUUUCUUUAUAGAAACGGUUAAGCCUAAAGACACAGUUGAGUGCUAUCGUGUGCGCUGGGACGAGCUGGAAGAGCAUCGGUUAGUGGAGCAUGCCAUGUCCUGUAGUGGAUCACACUGGUACGGUGGUGCAGAGACUUGGUUGCAGCAUUGGCCAAUAGUAUUAAAAGGACAUCAGGCUCCCAAACCUUUCAUUACAGGAGAUAUUCAUUCAAAUCAUCAGGCAUUUGGUGGCAUUUUGGAGCGCUACUGGCUUUCUUCAAAUGCUACGGCCAUAAAAAUUAAUGAUUCUGUUCCUUUUCAUCUCGGCUGGGAUGAAACAAACAGAACUCUGUGGUUCCAAGCUCGAUAUCAUGACAGCCCUUAUAGGCCAAACCCUGAUAACCCCCAUCAUGUGACUCUGAGUUAUCGUGUAUGUGUGGGGCUAGAUGUCACCUCUAUUCACAAGUACAUGGUACGUCGAUAUUUCAACAAGCCCAAUAAGGUUCCUUCAGAAUCCGUUUUCAGACAACCAGUCUGGUCCACAAGAGCUCUAGAAGAAUUGAACCAAGAACAAACAUUGAAAUAUGCAUCUGAUAUGAAAAAAAAUGGCUUCAACUGCAGCCACCUGGAGCUGUAUGACAGAUAUACUAGUGGCUAUGGAGAGUUUGAGUUGGAUCCCAUCAAGUUCCCCAACGCCUCAGCAAUGUUUCAAAAAUUAAGGGAAGAUGGAUUCCAGGUAACCUUGUGGACCCAUCCAUUUGUCAACUAUAAUUCUGUCAAUUUUGGUGUUGGAAUAGAACGAGGACUGUUUGUACGAGUGCCUGGCAGCCAGCUUCCUGCAUUGGUGCGUUGGUGGAAUGGUAUCGCUGGCAUUUUGGAUUUUACAAAUCCAGAAGCUCGGGACUGGUAUGCCUUGAAUCUUCGUACCCUCAAGAACAAGUAUGGAGUGGCAUCUUUCAAGUUUGAUGCAGGAGAGACAAGCUACUUACCCCAGGAGUUCAGUACCUUUGUUCCUCUGGAGGAUCCCAGUACCUUUACCCGCCGCUACACUGAGAUGGCAAUACCAUUCAACGACCGUGCAGAGCUGCGGUCAGGUUAUCAAUCUCAAAACAUCUCCUGCUUCUUCAGAAUUAUUGACCGUGAGUCACUAUGGGGAUACACCCUAGGCCUCAAAUCUAUAAUCCCAACUGUACUUACUGUAAGUAUUCUUGGCUACCAGUUUAUUCUGCCAGACAUAAUAGGUGGAAAUACAUACUCAAACCUCACUGGCCUUCCAGAUCGUGAGCUGUACAUCCGUUGGCUAGAGCUCUCAGCUUUCAUGCCAGCCAUGCAGUUCUCAAUUCCACCAUGGCGCUAUGAUGAUGAGGUUGUGAAUAUCGCCAAGAAGUUCACCGCUCUCCACGAGUCUCUUGUAGCCCCUCGGGUUCUGGAGCUUGCUGGGGAAGUGCUGUACACUGGGGAUCCCAUCAUUCGCCCUCUUUGGUGGAUUGCAACAGCUGAUGAGGCAGCUUACAAAAUUGAAUCUCAGUUCCUCAUAGGAGAUGACCUCUUGGUGGCACCUGUUCUUGAACCGGGCAAGCAGGAAAGAGAUAUAUACCUUCCUGCGGGCAGGUGGAGAAGUUACAAGGGAGAGUAUUUCGAUAAAGGACCCGUAUACCUCACUGAUUAUCCAGUGGACUUGGAUGAAGUUGCUUACUUUGUGUGGUCAGGAUAGUUUUAAGUAGAUAAAUGAGCCCAAACAAAACCCUAAAACCGACUGUUCAAUACUGUUCUGGCCAUACUAUUAAUUGUUUGUACAACAGCAAGGUUUAUGCGGAGGUUGAUAUUGCAUAAGUCUCAAGAAAUAGGCUCCUCAGAAAAUAGGCUACCCACCUAUCUCGAUGAAGACCUCUUGAAUUGUCAAAAAAGGCCCAAAUGUUGGAAUGUGCAGAGCAAAAACAUGAGUGGUUUUGCUUUUUGUGAGGUGGGAACUGUUAUCAUUAUUGAUCCUUAAAAAAAAUUAGAGUAAAAUGUUAGUAUAAAACCCAGUGAAAGCAAUAUGAUGUAAUCAUUUUGUAUGUUAUUCAUUUAUAACAUGUUUUUGUUUAUGUACAGUAUAGUUUACUUGUUUUGUCAUUCGUUCUCCAUAGCGUAUAUAAAAUAAUUAUAGAAAUAAGCAACCACCUAACUUGAAUGUACAAUAAAGGAUGUAUGAAGGAUUCAACUAGUUGAAAGGGAAUAUUUCCCACAGUUUUGUAACAUUCACUUAUUCACUGAUUUCUUAUUUGUAAUGUGUCAGAGUUCUUGCUCCAUAAUUAACUUUUAUUAUUGACAUUUUACCACCCUCAACUCAUAUAAUAAAACAUUUUACAGGAGA